AUGGAAAACUAAAAUUAAACUGGAUAACAUCUCUGACUAUCAGUGCUACAAAGACCAACAAUUCAAACUUUUUAAAUGUAUUCUCAUAUCUUUUCUCACACUUAUUUUGAUACCGUGUUACACUCAAAGUUAUGCUAUUUCGGGUUUGAGUAUUGAGUGAGCCAUCCUCGCGAAUAGACCAGCUCUGUAGAUGCAGAGCCUCGACGUCAUGCAAACCCCCUGCUGUGUUUUACGCUUGAAGCGGAGAGUGUGAGUGGAGGAAGAAGGGCAGCCCGGGGCAACUUUUCGAGAGGAACAACACAAAAAUAGCUUCUCGUGCUGCUCGGAAAUGCCUCAAAUAACGAGCGAAGGGGCCGAACAAGAUUCCCAACCGACGUCCGAUCAAAACGACACCGGUGAGACAGCAGAAACCGGCGAGGAGGGACAGGCCGUGCCGGACCCCAAACGGGAACCGGGCGACAACAACGAGAACAGAGCAGGAAUGGACGCGAACAGUGGUCGUGGUGCUGCUGCGGCGGCGGAGGACGGCGGGGACAACCCGUCUUCUGUUCCCCACGCCGACAAAGAAACAGCGUUGCCGAGCGAAAACACGGACAAAGAUGAGGGUGAACCCGGCUGUGAACUAUCUGAACCGGGGAAAAGUCCCGUGCAGGGGAGUUUGGCGAGUAGCACUGAUUCCGCACAAGAGGGCUCCCGGGUGCUGAAACAAGAACAAAGAGAGGGGGAGAGCGUGUCCUCCUCGCCGCCUGCCGACCGCACAAAGACCGCGGAGAAAGCCGAGCACGGCACCAAGAGGCGGGCCAGCGUGGAGCUCACCUCGUCGGAUGGAGAGCCGCUGAGCCGGAUGGAUUCAGAGGACAGUAUCAGCAGCACCCUGAUGGACAUGGAGAGCACGGCGUCCAGCGGUCGCUCCACCCCGGCCAUGCUGAACGGUCACAGCGGCGGUUCUGUGGCGGGGAGCGGCUCGGUGCCAGCUGGGGGGAAGUGUCUGAGCUACACGUGCUGCUGGGAUAACUGCCAGGUGCUCUUCCCCAGCAGCCCCGACCUCGCCGAACACAUCCGAGCAACGCACGUGGACGGGCAGAGAGGAGGGGUGUUUGUGUGUAUGUGGAAGGGCUGCAAGGUGUACAAGACACCGUCCACAAGUCAGAGUUGGCUGCAAAGACACAUGCUGACACACAGCGGGGACAAGCCGUUCAAGUGUGUGGUGGGGGGCUGCAACGCCACGUUUGCCUCUCAGGGGGGGCUAGCCAGACAUGUCCCCACCCACUUCAGCUCCCAGAGUUCGUCCAAGAUGUCCAAUCAGGGCAAAGUGAAGGAGGAGUCUCCGUCCAAGGCCGGACUCAACAAGAGGAGGAAAAUGAAGAACAAACACAAGCGCUCCCUACUGACUUUUCCAGCUCGACCUCACGACUUCUUUGACGCUCAGACGAUGGACGCCAUCCGCCAUCGAGCAAUCUGCCUCAACCUGGCAACACACAUCGAGAGCCUGGGCAACGGACACAGUGUGGUCUUCCACAGCACGGUAAUAGCGAGGAGGAAAGAGGAUUCCGGAAAAGUGAAGGUCUUGUUACACUGGACACCAGAGGACAUACUGCCAGAUGUUUGGGUGAACGAGAGCGACAGACUGCAGCAGAAGACAAAAGUGGUUCAUCUGUCCCAACUGCCCACAGACACGGCUGUGCUCCUGGACCCCAACAUCUACAGGAUGUUUUUCUAACCCCCUCCAGAGGAACUCCAUCCCUUUCCACUAAUCCAUCAUCAUUGAGGAGGGAACGCCUCCAUCUUGACCUUCCUCUCCUCCCUCCUCUCCCAGAGGAUGCUGGGAGUUUAGUGGCGUACUCGUGGAGGCCGUCUUAGGCCUCCGGUGUCGUCUCCUUUAGGUGCUGAAGUAUACUGAAGACGCGUUGCUCGUUUUAGGAAACAACUAGACUGAAAACUAACUGACAGAGCUGUAGACAGUUAGACACACAUGUAGAGAGAAGCUGUCUUUGUAAAUAACUGAGAUUUGUAAUAUAUUUUUAUACUUUGAUAUUUUGUACUGUACUGUAGAUAGAUGUCUUUUUUCAGCCAAACAUUUUUAAAUAGAUCUUUAAAAACACUGAUGAUAUUGAUCAUGUGCAUAUAGCUGGCAUUGCUGUGGUUUGACGUCAUUAAAGUUUCUAAAAUCCU